CACGUAGUGUAAGAAUCUAAAACUACGAGUAGAAAUGAGUCAUUCACUUAGUGGCCAGCCAUCUUUGAUUCUUGCUUUGCUGUACUUUUAACGUUUUGUAGUUUAUUGUCGAAAAUGGGGCGCAAAAAGAAGAAGUUAUUGAAGCCGUGGUGCUGGUAUUGUAACAGGGAAUUUGAUGAUGAAAAGAUCCUGAUUCAACACCAAAAGGCAAAACACUUUAAAUGUCACACAUGUCAUAAGAAACUAUAUACAGGACCAGGAUUAGCAAUCCAUUGCAUGCAGGUCCAUAAAGACACGAUAGACCAGGUUCCAAAUGCUAUUACCGGACGCACAAACAUAGACAUUGAAAUAUACGGCAUGGAGGGAAUUCCCGAGGAAGAUUUGAAGUCGCACGAAACUGACAAACAGGGGAAACCCGAAGAGCCAGCCCCGAAGAAGACGAAGCAGGAAGCCGUGCAGAUGACGAGCCAGCCUCAGCAGCUGGGCCUGUUGCCGCCGCCAAUGAUGAUGUCAAGCGGGCACAUGGGCAUGAUGCAGCAAGGUCAGAUGCAGCAAGGUCAGAUGCAGCAGGGUCAGAUGCCGCCCGGCCCGAUGUCGAUGGGUGGCAUGAUGCCCAUGAUGGGACACAUGGGAAUGCCACCGAUGAUGGGACCAGGGAUGCCGAUGAACAUGAUGAUGAUGGGGAUGCAGGGCAUGCAGGGCAUGCAGGGCAUGCAGGGCAUGCCGCCGCAGCGUCCAAUGGGCAUGCAGCCGAUGCUCCCGCAGAGGGCGCCUAUGGGCAUGCGCGCACCGAGCACGACGUCGAUGAUGCCAAUGCCGACGGCAAGCAGCAGUAGCGCACCGGCGGCCAUCACCAACGUCCCGCUGCCGCCGCAGAUGCAGCAGCAUCAGCAGCAUCAGCAGCAUCAGCAGCAACAGCAGCAUCAGCAGCAACAGCAGCAGCAACAAACGCACAUGCAGCCACCGCCGCCACGGCCUCUGUUCCCAGCUGCCGCACAGAUGGCUGCUGUUACGACGAGCUCGACACCAGUGGGCGCUGACUUCAGGCCGCUCGCGACGGUCGCGUCGGUGAGCUCUGCUCCCCCGCCAGUCCCCACGAUGGCGCCACCUCCCCCACGACACACAUUCCCAGCGUACUCAGCUCCGCCCGCGGUGGCACCGACGCCGCCACCUACGAUAUCUAAGGUGGCAACGACCGCCACAGCUAGUUCAAACUCGGGGAUAAGUAAGCCUUCCACUGUUGCAUCGAGUGGUAGCAGCAGCAAGAUUAUUCAUCCAGAUGAGGACAUUUCACUGGAGGAGAAACGUGCAACCUUUCCCAAGUACCAGCUGAAGCAGCAGCCGAUGAUACCCGGGAUGCAACCGCCGAUGCCACCGCAGAGCAUGAUGGGUAACAAGCCAAUGAUAUCGUCGGCCGGCAAUAUGGGUAAUGCCCCUAUGAUGAGGCCACCUGGUGGCCCUCAAGGUCACAUGCCCUCCGCGACCAUGCACUACGGUGCCGCACCAAUCCGCUACAACCAAUCAAUGACGCGGCCGCCGAUGGACCAUCAAGGGGCUAGCCGCUACUGACAGCAGCCACAUACCACAAGGAUGUGUUCAGGUUUCCCGUGUUAAAUAAGCGUAGACUAAUUAAGGCACGUCGUUGUUCGUGUGCCGUGUGUCGUCGCCGUCAACCCCUGGAGGGCACCGUCGUAGCUGCCGCGUCGCAGCGAAGGUUAGGCCAAACGAAUAGUGUGAAUGGCGGGGGGGGGGGGUCGUUUGGGGCGCGCGCGAGAGAGAGCAAGCGUGGCGGGAACCGGUGUGGUUUGCAGGUAUGUCACACUAUCGCUGCACGCAGAGGAUAAGUCGUCUGUCGGCGAUGAGGUCGUCGGUAAGACCCGUAAGCACGCCUGCCGAGCGUGAGCCGUAUGAUUGCACGUGUGCCUGGACUGGACGAUUUAUUCUCUCCGUCGGCUUGUCGGAGUCCGCGCGAGAGCCAUCGGUCGUAGACCGUAUAAUCAACCGGCCGCUAACUCCGGCGUACGUGACGACGCGCGCGUACUGUUUCUCGCCGUGACUGAGAGUCAUGCACGGUUUUGCGAUGAUUAACUGUUAAUUUUGCGUGGUUUCUGGCUGCGCUCGAAUUUCAUCGGUCCAGUCAUUUUGCACAACAGGGCUAGAGACAGCGUAAGCAUUAUUACAUCCAACCAGGUGUAGCCCAGCGGAUAGUUCCUGCCAAACAAAGUAGGUGAAAGCUGGUAGGUUUUGUUACAUUGUCGUAGAUGAACUCUGGUGCAUUUUGAGCAGUGGAGAUGACCAGGUUUGUGUAGAUACCUUGUUUAAUCAUUCGUACGUACAUAUGUAUCGUUUCGGUUAGCAUUCAGGUGUGAUUGCAUUCAUAUCGCAUUGAGUGGAAGCUCACACAGCUUGCAACACAACGUAAAGGUAGGCAGGCCUUUGUCCGUAAGUAAUAAGUGGUACCUUAAGCUUUCCCUCCCGCAAACUAGCAGGUUUCCUGAAGAUGCCUGCUAGCUCCAUACUUACGUGCAUAAUGUUUAACUGCUUAACGACCUGUUUAUCAAUGUUGUUUACGUUUCUAUUUGGCAUUUCUAAUGCUUAUGGCAAACUGAAUAGAAAGUAGUUUUAGCUUAGAACAUGCGCUAGAACGUGCUGUAUACAUUUUUACACAGUCGUCUCCCACCGGCCGUCCUUACCAUCAGGUUGGUUAUUGUCGCGAUUGUAGUUAGAACCUGAGAUUGUGUGAACUUUACUGCCAAUAAAGUUUGUUUUAAACAA